AUGCCGACGUCAUUGGAAAGGAGUCGCGACAAAUUGUCCAGUCCAGCAAGGGCGCCACAUAUCGCGUUAUCGAGCCGACAUUGGCAGAUCUCUUUGCUCGACAUUCACGUGGACAGGCCCUCCCCUGACCCAGACUCGGAGCCUCCGUUCGAGAUUCUCGAAGCUGGCACAGGCCACGGCGCGCUGACACUGCAUCUCUCGCGAGCAAUACACGCCGCAAAUCCGCCGCUUCCCAAGACGCCCUCUAUCACCACCACUGAGGAAGAACCUGAGGAUGCAGUCUAUCUUGGCGAGUCCAUGUCGGAUUUGGGCGACUCAGCAAUUGAGUCUUGGAAGCAGAAUCGCCGUGCCAUCAUACAUACGCUUGACAUUUCUAGCAAGCACUCUCAGCAUGCCAAGAAGAUUGUGCAAGGCUUUAGACAUGGCAUGUAUUCUGAGAAUGUUGACUUUCACGUGGGUGAUAUAUCGGACUGGAUCGCGAAACAACAAGCUUCGCGAAAGACAGACAAGCCCUUUCUGGCGCAUGUGUUCUUAGACCUACCGAAUGCGAACAGCCAUCUAGCCAACGUCAUCCCAGCGUUGCAUGUCAACGGACUGCUCGCCGUCUUCAAUCCCAGCAUAACCCAAAUCGCCGAAUGCGUUGAAAGAAUUCGCGAACAGAGGAUGCCAUAUCUCCUUGACCAGGUCAUUGAGCUGGGAACAGGCACAAUUCGUGAAUGGGACGUGCGCGCCGUCAGACCAAAAGCAACAGUCAGGAAAGCUGGAGCAGACCAGCCUUCAGAACCCUCAAGCGAUGAGGGAGUAGACUCCGAACAAAGACAAGCCGCGAGGGACAGUGAGCUUGAAGCGGAGCUGAGUAAGCAAGAAGAAGAAAAGUGGGUCAUGGUAUGCCGUCCCAAGGUCGGUGAGAUGGUCGUUGGAGGUGGGUUCCUGGGUCUCUGGCGGCGGAUGGAGAUAACUAGUACCAAAGAGUCUUCAGACUGA